CAGGCUGGUCUCGAACUCCUGACCUCAAGUGAUCUGCCUGCCUUGGCUUCGCAAAGUGCUGGGAUUACAGGCCUGAGCCACCACACCCGGCCAACACUGGGAUCUUGUAGACCGUGCUGUUCAUUCAGGGUAUUCCCAAUGAGCACCUUGCUGAACCCUAACAACAAACUUCUAGAUGUGAGCCUCAAGACACAGGGACUGAAGGUGACACUGGCAUAUGUAGGCAGGCCAGACAUGCUGCAAAGCUGGGCACCCACCCCACCUUACCCUCUUUUCGUCAAGAGUCUAUAACUUCCUACUGAGCACUGUUUUGAGAACUCACUGUGCUGAGUUGUUUUUGUACAGUAUCCCAUUGAAAACUCAGAACAGUCCUAUAGUGUAACUACUGUUUCCCCAUCUCACAGGUGCUUUCAGAGGUUAAUUCCAUAGCUGUUAAGGGGUACAACACGUCCUACUGCCUGCAACUGCCUCCCAUGGGCCUUUGUCUCAGAUCCAGCUACCAUUCAGACUCAAGAUCCCUGCAGGCUACGCUGGGCGUGGCAUUUACUUUGAUGGCUGUCAGACAGGAAAUGGCCUGGCUGCAGGGCAGCAGGAAGCAGCCCUCUUCAGGGGAGGAGGGCAGUCCUCUCAGAGCCUCCAGUCAUCUAUCGGUCAUGGGAGUUAUUCUCCUUGGUUGCCCAGGUGACAGCUCAGGUACAAAGGAAUGAGACACAUGAGGGAGAAGGGGGUUGGUUCACUGUGGCUUAGCGGCAUCAUUCCCCAAAGGAGCUCAUAUCUCUUUGAACAACUCAAGAGGCACAGCUUUCAGGGACCCCAUAAGCCACAUACCCAACUGAGUCAUUACACAUAGGAAGCCCAACAUUAUGGCUUUUUAACAAGUGUUUAUAGUUCACACAGAAAACUCCAAAUGCAGAUAAUUUACAAUUAGGAAUCAUGUUUACCAUAAGUAGUGCUGCACUGAAACAGCUGACAUACUUUUAUCUGGUUUCCAGACAAAACUAGAAAGGUAACCAGAUGUCAGGUUCUGCAGGCAGGGAGAGGAUUAUUCACACUGCCAUAACCUCUGGGGUCAAAACUAAAUGUUGUUUAAGAAGGAAGAAAAAAAAAACAAAAACCCUCAACUUUGGAAAUUGUUUCAAAAGCCAGGCCUUCUAAUAGUGACCCAGAAUCAUUAGCAGCACUCACACUGGCCUCAGACCCAGCGCACACAUGCUGCAGUGUUGGAGAGACCGCUCCAUGAACCCCAGCAGUCCAGUAGCCCACCAAGUGGAAAGGCACAGGUGACAGAGGUCUCGUGGCACCAGCUUCAUGUGCUCACCCUCAAUGCUCGGACAGGGAGAUGAUACUGACUUUGCUGAGCUCAGGAGGGAAACACCAAACACUUGGGGAGGUAACAGAGAUCUAGGCCCCACCUAAGGCCGAAUCCACGGGAGGGCAGGGCAUUUUUCUGGAACACUCUGCCCUCCCCAGCCAUGGCUCCUCCCUGCCUCCUGGCGGUGGACCGCAUUGUCCAGACACUCUUUGUGAGGGUCUUGUGGGACUCCCUAAGAUCGAUCCCUGAGGUGUAGCACUGGUGGGCCAAAUGGACACACUGUUCCUGCCCUCACACUGGUGCUAUACUCCCUCGUUGGUGUAUUCACCUGAAGGUGAAUCCCUCCUUCUUUACCACCAAAACGAAAAGUGUGGGAAACCUUGAGAGAAGGGUCCCAACACUUCUUCCCUCAGGAGCCCUCAGCUUUUUGCAGCCUCUUUACCUAAGUACCCUGAGUCACUGGACAUGGUCUUGCCACCACAGUCCGUCAGGGCAGCGCCACAGCUUCCAGCCUCCAGCCCAGGGGCAGUCACAGCCGAGCAUCAGAAGUGUGGCUCUGUGCAGUGCCAAAGCAACUGCAGGUGCCCACAGUGGCUGGCAGCCCACAGUACCCAGGCCACAGACACUAGGAUGGAGCCACUCAAGUCAGAGAUACUCUGCAGUAGCUGGAGCUGGACCCUGUCAGAAGCCAGGUGGAGAUCCUCAGGCUGAAGGCAGCACACCAGGGGAGGGCUUGAGACCAAGGGAGGCUGGAGUGAUGUGGGUCCCAGGACCUGGAAAGCUGUGUCUGUAACUCCCCUCCCCAGAGUUCACUCUUCUUGAUCAUCCUUGUUCUCUCCUGCACCUGCCUGGGCUUAUUCCUCUUCCCUAUCCCUCUGCCCCUUGACUAACCUUCCUGGGCAAACAGCACAGACUGUGACGUGGGAGCUGUGAAGAGGGGAUGGCAUCCCUGCUGUGGGUUCAGGGAUUGUGGCCAUGUGGGCCACCCAGUGGACACUGUCCAGAUAACAUGAAAAGAGGCCGUCCACAGCGGCUCAGCUCUCUGCCCCUCAUCUUUGGGCCCCACCUCACAUGCAUAAAGAGGCUUAAAUUCUAGGGUUUUUUCCUUCAGUUCAAGAUGAGGUUUGUCAGUGAGGUCACAGACGCCCAGCAAGAGGGUUAGCGGGGUUGCUUAUCCCCCAACUUGGAACCCACCACCCCGAGCUGCCUGCAGAGGACCUAUACUUUCUAAUACUAUGACCCAAUACUAGAGAGCCAGAGACACCGUAAAUAACCGUUAUCUUAUAUUUAUGUAUUUAAAAGAUGGUUCAUAAAUGUAUUUAGUGCUUACCAUGUAAGACAAUUUUUACCCCCAUCUCCAAAACGAAGUAGAACUGAUAUUCAGCUCACAGAAGGCUGUUAAAGGCACCAGAGAAAUACGUGAUGCAGUGGCUUAAAGAGACUGCCAGGAAGAGUGGGGAAAGUUUCUACACUGAAGUCAAUUUGGGAAAUGUCAUACAGAUCAGCCACCCAAUAGCAAGGCCUCUAGGUAAGUAGGGAGAACACCUCUGGUCCUGUUCAGGUGUUUCGUCUGUCAAGGUGCUUCUCCUGGCCAGCUGUGUCUGCACAGUUCAACACGACUUGAGUUGGCCAUCUCAAAACAGCUAUAGCCUCAGUUGCUGUGAGGGCACCUCAUGGAUGACAGAGGCAAGAAAGGCUUGAGGGAGAGAGGGUGAGGCAGGGGGAGCUUGGAGCCUUCAUUCUCUAACCCUAAGAGCUGUGGACACAGAGCCGAGUCCAACCUGGCUGCUGCCCGGGCAGGCAAGGAGAGGGCACCGAACGCACUCCCCCCAGAGCCUUGCACUGCCACCAGUUGAGGCCUGUGCCCCUCUCUUCCCUGCACACCAUAGCCUCUCUUCUUGAGUGCCCUACCCAAACUACUGCCUAGGAAACAAACAUUUGGUAACGUCUUCAGAAAGGCUGCUUGCAAGGAAGGCAACUUCUCUACGCUGUCAAACAGCUUCCUUAGUUGAAGCAUCUAAUUCUGGCCCCGUCCCUACUGCCCCCAGUCGGGGCUUCCAGAAGCAGUGUGGGCAAGUGCUGCUGGCCUUCUGCAGAAUGAUGAGCACUGGUCAGUCCUGUACUGAUAAAGGCUGUGUGUCCCCCAUGUCUUGGUUUCUCAAACAGCAGGUAACAACCUCAUCUUUCCAAAGAGAUAGCUGUGCCUGACCUAUUUUUCAGGGCUCUUCUGGACAGCAGCCUGCUUCCAGCACAGAGAAGGGCCUGGCCUCAGGGGGAGCCCUGGAGCCCACCAUGUGCCUCCUGCUCCAUCUUGGGAGCAGCAGGGCCCUGUCGGCACUCAGUAGAGCCUGGGAUUGGUGACUGAAGAGGGAGGUGGAGGCUUUAGGCAGCAGCGCUGAAAGAGGUGGCAACAGAUGACCUGCAUGGGAACUGGGGCCUGCAGAGACAUCACAGAGCGGGGGAAGUAUCUUCAGCUCUCGAAUUCUGGAAGCUGUCAGGGGAAGGGAGUCCCACAGCCAAACUGCAUGGUGGGUGGGCCACUGGGUCUGCUUCCAGUGUGUGGCGGGGCCCACAGAGAGCUGAGUUUUCCUGUUGGAUUUCCCACACCCGGCCUGCCUGUGGCUGGCCAAGAAGGCAUUGUUGAGCCUCAUGAGAUCACAAAGGUAGCUGUGCAGGCCCCGCCCACUUCCUAUAAGCCUGGUUCUGGCUGUCCCUGUGCCAAGCCUCCAAGUGCCCUGAGAGCUACCGGCCGGGGUCAGGGGGCUAUGGGAGCUCAGGGCAGGCACCUCCCAUGCUCCCAGAGGAGCCACCAGGACAUGAAGGUCAUAGGCCUCUCCUCUCCUCCUCUUCCUGUUUGACCUAAGUGCCGCCAGGCCGACAGCCUCAAGGAUUCCAUCUGAGAAGAUGCAGGCUGGGUGUGUGGGAAGCAGUAGAGGGGCUGGUGUGUGCACAUAUGUGCACAGCUCAGGACAGAGGCUCCCUGGACUUGGGGUGGGGAGCGCCAGGGCCCCAACUCUAACCCUCGUUCUGCUCCUCUUGACCUCUGCUCUCUGGACCAAAAAUGGAGGACUCAUUCUAGACUAGGAGUUCUUACGGUCUAGGAGCCCCCUUAAGUUAAAUGUUUAUAUGUAAAGGCCAUUUUUCUGAGAGGCCAUAGCUUUCAUCAGUGUGCCAAAAAGCAUGAGAUCGUCUGCUCUAAAAGCCUCUGCCCCAGCGCUGCCUAGUUUCAGAGCCCCCAGUGGCCUCACACUGGGUUUUGGAGCAGGCAGAGAAGCUGCAGUGGGGCCACCAGCCAGUCCUUAGAGUCCUGGGUUAAGGCCUCUUCUCCAGGAGGCCCUUUUUAAAGGGUUUCUCUGUUGCCUGGAGGCAGGAGUGACCUUCAGUAGGCAGGAAACCCUGAGGGUACCUAGGAGGCCCCUAGCCAGUGGGUUGGGGAAGGAAGACAGGACCCCUGGGGCCACUGAAAUCGUGGAGCUCUCAAGAGACCUGAGUUCCGGUCCCUUCUGCCACUCUUUGGGCAGAUCCCCUGUCUUCCCACAGGCCCUGUGUCUUGCUCAGUCCAUCUGACUCCGCUUUCCCAUCCUAGGCCUCAGGUGGGUGGCAGGCCCUUUCCUGCUUGCCCUCUGCCCUCCCUCUCUCUGGCCCUGCCCAGCCUCUGCCAAUCUGUGUGCCUCCCAGGAGCCGGGACACUCCCUGAGUCCUCUGGGAGCCCUUAAGCCACACUGAAAACACAGACCCUGGGAGAAGCAGCCAGCAGUGAGGAAUCCUGGAACCCCUUCCCAGGGAGAGCCUUCCCAUGACCCCCAUGAAGAGAUCGGUGCAAACACAGGUGUCAGAGCCCUUCACGGAGUCCUGGGGUGAGGAGUCCCUGCCGGAGCUCCCCACAGAGCAGUCCCUGACUGAGUACUCUGACCUCGAGGAGGCUCCCUCGGCGCACACUCUCUAUGUGGGCCAUCUGAACCCCCACUUCUCAGUGCCGGUGCUCGCCUGCCUGCUGCGAGACACCCUGGAGCGGCUGGAGAUGCCGGUGGCGCGGGAGCACAUCGAGGUGGUGAGGCGGCCGCGGAAGGCCUAUGCGCUGGUGCAGGUGACUGUCCGAAGGGACACCCUCGCCUCCCUCCCCUGGCGCCUGCAGACGGCCCUGGAGGAGCACCUAAUCCUCAAGGAGCUGGCAGCCCGUGGGAAGGAGCUGCUAUUGAGUGAGGCCCAAGGGCCCUUCAGCCACAGAGAGGAGGAGGAGGAGGACAGUGGCCCGAGCCCCGGCCCCAGCCCAGGCUCUGGUGUCCCGCUGCCCACCUGGCCUACACACACGCUGCCUGAUAGGCCCCAGGCCUGGCAACUGCAGAGCUGCCAGGGCCGGCCCAGUGGCGUGUGCUCCGACAGUGCCAUUGUGCACCACGAGAUCGUGGGCAAGGACCAGCUUUUCCAGGGUGCCUUCCUGGGCAGCGAGACCCGCAACAUGGAGUUCAAGCGGGGCAGCGGCGAGUACCUGAGCCUGGCCUUCAAGCACCACGUGCGGCGCUAUGUGUGCGCCUUCCUCAACAGCGAGGGCGGCAGCCUGCUCGUGGGAGUGGAGGACAGCGGCCUGGUGCGGGGCAUCCGCUGCAGCCACCGUGACGAGGACCGCGCACGCCUGCUGGUGGACUCCAUCCUGCAGGGCUUCAAGCCUCAGGUCUUUCCCGAUGCCUACACUCUGACCUUCGUCCCUGUGAUCAGCACCUCGGAGACCAGCGUCCCCCUCAAGGUGAUCCGCCUGACCGUGCACACCCCCAAGGCCCAGAGCCAGCCGCAACUCUACCAGACAGACCAGGGGGAGGUGUUUCUGCGGCGCGACGGGAGCAUCCAGGGCCCGUUGUCCGCCAGCGCCAUCCAGGAGUGGUGCAGGCAGAGGUGGCUGGUGGAGCUGAGCAAGCUGGAAGAGAGGGUGAAGGUGCUGACGAUGGAGAAGGAGCAGCUCCAGCAGCAGCUGCAGCAGCACGGGCCUAUGUCCCGCACCUGCUGUGUCCUGUGAGGGCCCUGGAGAACAGGCAGGAUGGCGCGGCGCUCUCCACCUGAGACCCAGGAAUUUCCUGUUUGAGCCUAAGGCCGACCCAGUAAAGCCCAUGCAGGCUGCUGAGAGGCGGACAGGGGCUCCUUCAACAUGACACAGGAGCCCAUGUGGCUUCAACCCUGACAGCCCCCAGUCUGUGUAGCCAAGAAAUUGCUCUCAGGCCUGUCCCCAAACGACCUUUCUUUUAGAAAGAACGUGGAUUGUCCCUCUCCCUAAAACGCUCAUUUGGCCCAGGCUGAGGCCUGUGACUCCAGCUGGCUGGACAGUGCCAGAAGGGAAUCUGUCGUUCCAGGAAAGCCCCUCACAGAUGGCGAGGCAUAUUUGGUGACUGUGGUUACAGGGCAAGAGGCCACCCUGCAGCCCCCACCCCUGACUUGCUGGAACUUGUGAUUGUCAAAGCUUCGUUAAUAAAUUACAUGCACCUGGGA